GCAGCUCGUCGCUUCUGUCUCUCUACCUCGCGGCUUCUCCCGUCCCUGCCUACCGGAGUACCGGCGUCCGGCGUACAGCCUAGAGCAGUAUCGCCGUCAACACCGCUCAGCCGCCUCAGCGCUUCUUGUCUCCUCUCAGUACUCAGUCUUAGAUUGAUUGAUGAAUGCAGUAGCAAUGGAAGCUAAAUUCUUUAGAUUUCUCAAGAUUGUUGGAGUUGGUUUCAAAGCACGAGCAGAAUCUGAGGGCCGUUUAUUGUACCUCAAACUGGGUUACAGUCAUGAGGUUGAGCUGACUGUUCCUCCUGCAGUUCGCGUAUUUUGCUUCAAACCCAAUGUGAUCUGCUGCACUGGGAUCGACAAGCAACGAACACAUCAGUUUGCUGCAGCAAUCAGAAGCUGUAAGCCCCCUGAAGUGUACAAAGGGAAAGGAAUAAUGUACAUUGAUGAAGUGAUCAAGAAGAAGCAGGGGAAGAAAUCGAAAUGAGCUCCCAGGUUCCAUUUCUUUGCACCUUUCUUGUUCAAUUUCUCUGCUGAUACACUGUAUGUGCUGGAGGGAUCAAAAACCAUCAUUGCAUUGAUGAUAUUAUAGUACUCUAUUUCCCUUCUAGAUAUUGUCAUGCAAUAUGUUUGCUUUGGAAGGAAGUAUUACAGUUUCCUUGUUCUUGAAUUUGGUGUUCUCCCUCUGCAUUCUAUGACAAUCUGAUAUAAACAUAAGCUCAUUGAAACAACUUAGAAGUUGUAUUUAUUUCUUAAACUGUUUGAUUGCACAUUAUUUUGACAAGGAAAGCCAACAUUUUGGUUGUGGUCU